GCCUACGUGGCACAGCCCAGGCAAGGCGAGGCGAGGCGAGCGCGGCGGCUCCGCCACUUCCUGAGCAAUCGCGGCAGCAGCGGCGCUCCAAGAGCCGGGGGGCGGCUGCCUACAAAUCGGCUUUCCCAGCAGAUUCCCCCCCCCCCCGCCCCAGAGCAAGAGAAAAACCAGCCAUGGGCAGCAACGAUCUGAUGGGCAGCGCCGAGGAUUUUGCAGACCAGUUCCUGCGGGUGACGAAGCAGUACCUUCCCCACGUGGCCCGGCUCUGUCUGAUCAGCACCUUCCUGGAAGACGGGAUUCGCAUGUGGUUCCAGUGGAGCGAGCAGAGAGAUUACAUCAGCAGCACGUGGAACUGCGGCUACGUGCUGGCCUCCAUCUUCGUCUUCAUUAACCUCUUUGGGCAAUUAAGCGGUUGCAUUCUGGUGCUGAGCAGGAAUUUUGUCCAAUACGCCUGCUUUGGAUUAUUUGGAAUUAUUGCAUUACAGACAAUUGCAUACAGCAUUUUAUGGGACUUGAAGUUUUUGAUGAGAAAUCUUGCUCUGGGAGGGGGUUUGCUGCUGUUGCUGGCAGAGUCUCGGUCAGAAGGAAAAAGCAUGUUUGCCGGAGUACCCACCAUGCGGGAAAGCUCCCCGAAGCAAUACAUGCAGCUGGGGGGACGAGUGCUUCUAGUCCUCAUGUUUAUGACCCUCCUGCAUUUAGAUGUUAGCUUCUUUUCGAUCCUGCAGAACAUGGUGGGCACAGCGCUGAUCAUCCUGGUGGCCAUCGGGUUCAAAACCAAGCUAGCGGCCUUGACUUUGGUCAUCUGGCUCUUUGCCAUCAACCUGUAUUUCAACGCUUUCUGGACUGUCCCCGGCUACAAGCCUAUGCACGAUUUUCUCAAGUACGACUUUUUCCAAACCAUGUCGGUCAUCGGAGGCCUGCUUCUCGUGGUGGCCCUGGGCCCCGGCGGCGUCUCCAUGGACGAGAAGAAGAAGGAGUGGUAGAGAAGAACGGAGGAAUGGAGGGGAAAAACAAAACAAACAAAAAAAAAGGAACACAGCGUCUCGGCAUCCGGGAACCGACUCGACAGUUUUGGGAAUUCAAAACCAAACAUUUACAAGCAUGGGCAAGCAUUGGCAAAGGUGCUUCUUUCCCCCUUUUUAAAGGCACAAUCUCUUUUUUCUUUUCUUUUUUUUUAAAGUUGUUUUAGUUCACGACUGCGCCGAUAAUCUGAUUCCCGUUGCCAGGUGCUUCUUCAUUCGAGAACUUUUAUCUUUCUCGCAUUUUUUUUUUUUUUUUUUGGUAUAAUCUCCUGGAUAAAAAAAAAAUAAUUGGAACGAAGAAGCGGCCGAGUCUGCCAAUUGAAUUUUUUUUGACAACUGUUUUUUCCAUUUUUGUUUCUUAAAUUUAAAACUGCUGUGAUCCGAUAA